GAGAAGCAAGCGGAAAAGCAGAGUUCAAAAAAGAAGAAUCAAAAUGAAGCUACCAAAGAUGAAAAAGGCAAGAAAGGCGAGCCUUCAAAAAUGAAGAAGGUAACAGAAGAACAAAAGACAGAGCGCAAACCGCGACCAAAAGCAAGUGAAGUGGUGACUAAAUGGGUUAUGAGGGCGUUGGAUACCGGUGUAGAGGCUCUGAGAGCAGAAUACAGAUCACUAGCACGAUAUACUUUGCCCGAGGUAACGUACGAAGCCUUUAAAGCAAACCACGAAGCGGGCAGGAACAGGUGCGUUGAUUUCUCAAUAACUAAAAAAGCACUAUACCAGGAUGUGCCGUGCCAAGACCAACAUCGCGUCGUUCUUACCUGGCCUGGUGCUCCUUGUGAUUAUAUUCAUGCCAACUAUGUUGGAACUCCUGUGUCAGAAAAGCGAUUCAUCUGUACACAGGGCCCAUUAGACGGGACGAUUGUUGAAUUCUGGAUGAUGGUGUUACAGGAAGAAUCUCAAACGAUCGUGAUGUUGUGCAACUGUAUUGAAACGGGAAAGUAUAAGUGUUCCGAAUACUGGCCUAAUCAAGUAGGAAUGACUAAAACCUAUGCCGGAAUUGAUAUUACCAAUUUACAGGUGCGUCCAAUGAGCCCUGAAGAGCAGACAGUAAUAGUGUCAGUGCUUUUUGUUAAAUACACAAAGCCAGACGGUACACCAGAUCAGCGAGAGGUCCGGCAUUAUCAAUGGACUGACUGGCCUGACCGUGGAGUACCGCCGUGCAAGCUUACGAGUAUGGAACUCCUUUCACGUAUUCGUGGUACGACCAAGCCGAUCAUUGUGCACUGCUCGGCGGGAAUCGGUCGAACUGGAACCAUUGUCGCCAUUGAAUACAUCCUCGAGAGAAUGCAAGCAGGAGUCGAAUGUGCUGCUAUGAACGAUCUGUUACGGGAACUACGAAAUCAACGAGCUUACACUAUCCAGAACGACCUUCAGUAUUUGUUCAUCCACCGUGUUAUGCUGUGCUAUUUCCUGGAAAGACAUAAACAAAGAUACGAGGCGAUUCUGACUGAGGAAAAUCAGGCGAAGUAUAAAAAAUUCGUUGACGAUUACAAUCAGGCCACCGGCACAAACAAUUGA